AUGGCAGAGGCACUCUGCUGCAUAUCCGUUGAUAUUGACGCUGUCGCCGGAUGGCUGGGUUCAUAUGGUGGAGAAGACUCUACGAGUGAUAUAUCAAGAGGUCUCUUCGCCGGUACGGUUGGAGUUCGCCGACUCCUGAAGUUAUUUGCAAAAUACGAAAUCAAGACCACCUGGUUCAUUCCUGGACACUCGCUGGAGACUUUCCCGGAGGAAUGUGCAAUGAUAAGAGACGCAGGGCAUGAGAUAGGCCUCCACGGCUACUCGCAUGAGAACCCCGUGAAGAUGAAUCUUGAACAGCAACACGCUAUCUUGGAUAAAACCUACAAAGACCUCACUAAGUUCUGCGGGAAGCCGCCACGAGGGAACGUAGCACCCUGGUGGGAAGCGAGCCAGGAGGGUGCGGAAUUGAUGCUCAAGUACGGCGUAGAAUACGAUCACAGCUUCUCCCACCACGACUGCUUACCCUACUACCUCCGCACCGGCGACAAAUGGACCCCAAUCGACUACAGCAAACACCCCGACCACUGGAUGAAGCCGCUGGAGAAGGGCCCUGACACUGGUCUCGUAGAAAUCCCAGCCAACUGGUAUCUUGACGACCUCCCCCCCAUGAUGUUUAUCAAGAAGGCACCCAACUCCCACGGUUGGGUGAACCCAAAGGACGUCGAGGACCUAUGGAGAGAUCAUUUCGAUUUCUUUUACAGAGAAUACGACGACUUUUGCUUCCCAGUGACCAUCCAUCCGGACGUCAGCGGCCAUCCACACGUGAUUUUCAUGCUGGAGAGAUUGAUCGAGUAUAUUAGCAGCAAGCCGGGUGUCAAGUGGGUGAAGAUGGAGGACAUCUGUGAUGAUUUCAAGAGCAAGAACAAGCCUCCCAAGGGGGCUAUGUUGCCUGCGGAGCAUGGUGCAAUUCUUGAUGAUCCGAAUAUCCAACUUCAAAAGGCGUGA